GGCGUCUAGACCCGGUGCAAGGCCAAGGGCUUGAAGUUCCUCUGGCAAGUCCUGUGUAUCUGAGCGGGACAAGGAAGCAAGGAGGAGUGUGGACAGCGAGGCUGGAGAAAGAGCCUCUGGCCUGGCGUACCUUCUGACGCCUUCUUUCCAAUCCUCUAGGCAAGGAUGAAGGCACUGAUCUUGGUGGGAGGCUAUGGCACCCGAUUGCGGCCUUUGACACUCAGCACACCCAAGCCCCUUGUGGAGUUCUGUAACAAACCCAUCCUGUUGCAUCAGGUGGAGGCCUUAGUGAAGGCAGGUGUAAACCAUGUGAUACUUGCUGUCAGCUAUAUGUCAGAACUGCUGGAGAAGGAAAUGAAGGAGCAAGAACAAAAGUUGAGCAUACGUAUUUCCCUGUCGCAUGAGAAGGAACCACUGGGCACAGCUGGCCCACUGGCACUGGCUCAAGAGCUGUUGACUGAGAAUUCUGAGCCUUUUUUCGUUCUCAACAGUGAUGUGAUUUGUGACUUCCCAUUUACAGACAUGGUGCGCUUCCACAGGCAUCACGGCAAAGAGGGUACCAUUGUGGUGACCAGGGUGGAGGAGCCCUCAAAAUAUGGUGUAGUGGUGUGUGAAGCUGAUACUGGGCGCAUACACCGCUUUGUGGAGAAACCCCAGGUUUUUGUCUCUAAUAAGAUCAAUGCUGGCAUGUACAUCUUCAACCCAAGUGUGCUAGAGAGAAUACAGCUGCAACCUACCUCGAUUGAGAAGGAAGUCUUCCCGGUGAUGGCAGAACAAGGGCAGCUCUACGCCAUGGAGUUACAAGGGUUCUGGAUGGACAUUGGCCAACCUAAAGACUUCUUGACUGGCAUGUGCAUGUAUCUGCAGUCUCUCCGGCUGAAGCAGCCAGAGCGGCUGCACUCGGGACCAGGUUUUGUGGGCAAUGUACUCGUGGACCCAACUGCCAAGAUCGGAGCAAACUGCAGUAUUGGUCCCAAUGUCACUAUUGGAGCAGGUGUGGUGAUAGAGGAUGGGGUUCGGAUCAAGCGUUGCACUGUCCUGAAAGGAUCGCGCAUCCGUUCCCAUUCUUGGCUGGAGUCCUGCAUUGUUGGCUGGAGCUCCUCUGUAGGCCAGUGGGUGCGGAUGGAGAAUGUGACAGUACUCGGUGAGGAUGUCAUUGUGAAUGAUGAACUCUACCUCAAUGGUGCCAAUGUGCUGCCUCACAAAUCCAUUGCCGAGUCAGUGCCAGAGCCACGCAUCAUCAUGUAGCCAUUCUGGGAUUUUAGUGCGGGACUAGCGCCCCCACCCCCCAAGGCCCUGCCUAUACUGGGGCCAUCCCCACCCUGUGCCUUGGCAGCAGGGGGAUCUCUGAUUUCCGAAUUCAAGUAUUUACUUUGCCUCUGCUGCUGAACUCCUAAGCCCUUUGUUGGGGUCCUGUAGAGAUGUACGGGAGGACCAGGAUCUGCACAAGGUGUUUCAGACAACUCAGAUGCAUUGCUUGGGAAGAGGACAAAUCAGGAAGACCUGGGCUAGCUCUGCACUCGUCCUGCUGCAAAGGCUAGGACCCAUGGAAAGUGGCCCUGAGCAAGAGAUGGCCCCCGCUACAACAGCAAGCAAGUGGGAAUGGCAGUGAUUAGACUGCAAAGGAACUGACCCAGGUUCAGCCUGUGGAGGAGAAUGAGUGGCAUGCUGUGCUGUUAUGGCUCUUGCUGCUGAGGAGGAAGUCUGAAUGCAGUCUUCUUUCAGUACCUCUUUGGAACUCGACUGCCUUACAGAGACUGAAACCCGCCACCUCCCUAUGGCCAAUCAUCACAAAUGGUAUUAUUCCAAGUAGGUGCAGGGUGCUGUCAGCUACUGGAA